AUGUCUGACCGCGAUGGCGACUCCACCAUGCACUCGUCCCCCCGCAAUGGCUCAGACGACGAAAUGUUCCCUGACGAGGCGCUGCCAAACGAGCCCGUCACGCCCCACAACGCCCAUCUUGCCGGCGUAAACGACAUCUCGCCACCCAACUCGCAGUCGCAGACGCGCGAGAUGCUGGGUGUCAACUCCAACGGCAAGCGGCCAUUGUCCGGCGGUGCCAUGCAGUCGUCGGCAACCAGCACCGUGGGCGCGAGCGGAACCCACCACGACGCCGAGACGGGCUACCAGUGGAGCAAGCAGGAGGACCAGCCAGGCUUCGAGUGGAUGAACACGAGGGCAAGAGAGGAGGAGAACAGGGCGCUGGACAACAUUGUCGACAAGGGAUACAUGAUUAAGCUGCGAUACGGAGAUCCGCUCGACGAAAGCGUGGCUCCAAAGACUAAGCGUUGA